GCUGAUCGACAGACAACAGUGAAAUGUAAACAGUAACGCCACUGACGUCGGUGUCAUAAGGUUACAGCUAUAAACGAAAGAGCCUCUGAUCUUCCUUUGACAAAUUACGACCAUUUACGCACAUAAGGUCCAGUCAAGAGGGACAGAUCUUUGUGUGGACAUAAAAAAUUGAAGAAUUACCAAGGUGUGGAGAGGAAGAGUGUAGAAGAUAAUUUCUCUCAAGCAUGUUGCUUCAUUUACUCCAUCAAGACACACCACAGCAUUUUACUCCAAUUAGCAUUCUGUUUUAGUACAGUAUGUAUAAUUUAUAUUGUAGGAACAUAAUGGUAGAUUAAUUGAAAGGUAUUGGAACUUCAAAGAAAGUUGUAUUUGUAAUUAUACAGACAUGAGUGAAAGUGAGGAUGAUGAUAGCAUUGAGAGGGCUGAUGCCCCAAGUCAGACCCUGUCCUUAACCAGCUUUCUGUUUGGCAAUAUUGAUGCUCACGGACAGCUGGAAGGAGACUUCUUUGACGGAGAAUGCAAACGUCAGUUGGCCUCCCUCUCUCGACUGGGUUUGGGAUCAUUACUUCGCCAAGUGACGGACGAUGGCGAAGACGACGACGACGAGGAAGAUGAAGACCACGAGGAAGAGCAAGAAGAGAUUGGGGAAAAGAGUCCCUCGGCCGUAGAUUACUCCGACAUCAACGAGGCAGCCGAAGAUGAUACAUUAGCUCACCCAAGCGAUGACGGCAUAGAUUACGAUGCUGACGAAGAAGAAAGUGGAGUCAACAAGUCAGACUCGGAAUUAAUGCCGCCUCCUCCUCUUCCUCGAUGCUCUGAAGGAGGAACAGCAGGCUUAUCUCUGGCAGAUCGUAAAAAACUGACCACUCCUCUGGCUGCUAUGCUGCCCUCCAAGUAUAUGAACAUUGAUGUCAGGGAAAUUUUCCCUGAUUUUCGGGCAGAUUCCGUCUUGAGAUUUGCACGGUUGUUUGGUCCCGGUAAAAUAUCUAACCUGCCCAAGAUCUGGAAGGGUGUGAAGCGCAAGAGGAAGAAAAGGCUUCUCUCUACCUCUUCAGAAAAUAAUAGCGGUGACGAUGGAUAUUGUAAUGAAGAGGUGUCGGUAACCGACUUUACGAAAGUUUGCGAACUUAAAGUUGGACUCGAACCAUCUCCUGAAAUGUGUGUGGCCGACGACAGCGUCCGAUUCUCCCAGACUCAGGAGCAGGAUCAGGAUAGUGGGAACCAGAAAGGAGAGGGCGAUAAGGCGAACGAACACGACCCCAAUAAGCCUCACGAGGCUGACUGGAGGUAUGGCCCGGCCCAGCUUUGGUAUGACAUGCUUGACGUGCCAGCAGCGGGAUGUAAUUUUGAUUAUGGCUUCAAGAUUAGAUUGAAAGACGAGAAUGGAGCAGUGGAGAAGAAUGAAGACGGCUCCGACAUUGUGAAAGAAGAAAACCCAAUUAAGAUCUGCACGAGUGAAGGAGGAGAUGAAGACUUUCCUGAUGAUUCCUUCCACAUGGUGACCCAAUACAACUGGGAGGAUGAUAUCAUAUGGAAUGGCGAUGACAUCAAGCACAAACUGAAUCAGAAACGGAAGAACAUGGCAGCUGGAUGGGUUCCUAGUAGCUACAACAGGACUGCGCAAGCUUUCAGUCAACCCACUAAAGUUGCCACUUCAUUUGCCUCCACUAAAACCAGCAAGAGCAAGAGUCAAGCACCAGUGGAUGAUACCUGGUAUUCUAUAUUUCCAGUGGAGAAUGAGGAACUUGUGUACGGGUUAUGGGAAGAUAACAUUAUAUGGGACCCAGAGAGCAUGGACUCUGUUCCAGAGCCGACGGUUUUGACGCUCGACCCCAAUGACGAAAAUAUUAUUCUCGGCAUCCCCGAGGACGUAGACCCGGCAACCCUCUCACAAGGCACUGAUACUCCAGUGAAGGUCAAGAUUCCUCAUCCUCAUGUCAAGAAAUCCAAGAUUUUGUUGGGCAAGGCCGGUGUCAUCACAACAAUAGAGGAGGAGUCGCCCCCGCCUCCCCCCAAGUCCCCCGACAAGGAUCCCUUCAACAUUUCCAACGAUGAAGCUUAUCAACCUAAGUCGUCUGAGCAGACCAUCAAGAUGACUAUGGGGGGAGGUCUUCUCCAGCAUUCUACUCCAGUUGUAGAACUGCAACCGCCAUUUGUUCCAACGUACAUGGGAGAAAAGAAACUCCGUCUUUUCCAUCGCCCACCCCUUAAGAGGUAUUCGCACGGAACCCUGUCUACUCAAGGACCUCAUGCUGUCUUUUCACUGACCAAGGAAAUUAAGAAGAAGGCCAAGCAGAGGGAAAAUGAGCGUUUAGCAUCUGGUGGUGGUGACGUCUUUUUCAUGAGAACUCCGGAAGAUCUCACAGGCAAGGAUGGAGACAUUAUACUACUGGAAUACUGUGAGGAAUAUCCCCCACUUUUAUCACAAGUUGGUAUGGCAACGCGAAUUAAGAAUUAUUACAAGAGGAGAGCUGGAAAUGACAAAGGUCCCCCAGAAUUUAGAUUUGGUGAGACUGCCUAUGCCCACACUUCACCCUUCUUAGGCCACAUGCAUCCAGGCCAAAGUAUCCAGACUCUAGAAAAUAAUCUUUACAGAGCUUCCAUGUAUGAGCACAGGAUACCCCCAUCAGAUUUCCUGAUCAUUAGGACGAGGAAUACCUACUCCAUUCGAGAGCUUGAUGGCCUCUUCACUGUCGGUCAAGAGUGCCCUCUGUAUGAAGUCCCCGGACCAAAUUCGAAAAGAGCCAAUAAUUUUGUACGAGACUUUUUGCAGGUGUUUAUCUAUCGUCUCUUUUGGAAAAGCAAAGAUACGCCACGAAGAAUCAAGAUGGAUGAAAUAAAGCGAGCAUUUCCAGCCCACUCGGAGAGUUCUAUCAGAAAGCGACUCAAACCUUGUGCCGAUUUCAAACGCACGGGUGUUGACAGUAACUGGUGGGUGAUAAAACCUGAAUUCCGUUUACCCACAGAGGAAGAAAUCAGAGCAAUGGUUUCUCCAGAACAGUGCUGUGCAUUUUUCAGCAUGUGUGCAGCAGAACAGCGCUUGAAAGAUGCCGGUUAUGGUGACAAAUUCCUUUCUGCCCUCGAAGACGAGAAUGAAGACGACACGCAAAAGUUAGACGACGAAAUCAAAGUGGCUCCCUGGCACACAACUAGGGCCUACAUUCAGGCCGUCAGAGGCAAGUGUCUUCUUCAGUUAACUGGUCCUGCAGAUCCAACUGGGUGUGGUGAGGGCUUUUCUUAUAUUCGUAUUCCAAAUAAACCAACGCAGAAUAAGGAAGAACAGGAACAACAACCCAAGAGAACAGUCACCGGUACAGAUGCUGAUCUUCGGCGUCUUUCUCUCAACAAUGCCAAUCUCUUGAGACAGUAUGGAGUGCCAGAGGACGAGAUCAAGAAGCUGACUCGCUGGGAAGUCAUUGAUGUGGUGCGAACGUUGUCCACUGAGAAGGCCAAAGCUGGUGAAGAAGGGAUGAAUAAAUUCUCCAGGGGUAACAGGUUUUCAAUUGCGGAGCAUCAGGAAAGGUACAAGGAAGAGUGUCAACGCAUAUUUGACCUUCAGAAUCGUGUGUUGGCAUCAGAAGAAGUUCUGUCCACUGAUGAAGGUUCAUCAGAAGAAGAGGACAAUGACUCAGAUAUGGAAGAGAAAGGAAAGUACAUUGAAAAUAUCCUUGCCAAUAAGAAAACAACCACCCAAAUGACUCUUGAGAAAGAAGAACAGGAGAGAAAGGAACUUCAGAAAAUGAUAAUGGGGGAAGAUGAUAAGGAUGGUGACAGAAAGAAGGGAACCAAGAAAGAGGAGGAUGAAAAUUCCCAGUUUGGCUUUGGGACUCCCGGUCGUCUGUUGAGGAUCACUCGAACCUUCAAGACGGGCGACGGCAAAGAGUACACGAGAACGGAAUUUGUCCGCAAAACGGCUGUCAUCGACACUUACGUCAAAAUAAGAACAUCUAAAGACGAAGCAUUUAUAAAGAGCUUCGCUGGCCAGUUAGACGAAACUCAAAAGGAAGAGAUGAAAAGAGAACGUCGUCGACUUCAGGAGCAGUUGAGAAGAAUCAAAAGGAAUCAAGAGAGGCAGCUGAAGGGCAUCACCACACCACCAAAGCAGAAGAAACCAAAAUUGAAGCCAGAUUUGAAACUGAAGUGUGGGGCCUGUGGUCAAGUGGGUCACAUGCGUACCAACAAGGCAUGCCCAAUGUAUGCUGGAAACACUGCGGCUUCUCAGCCAGUCAGUGUAGCCAUCACAGAAGAACAGGAGGAAGAAAUGGAGAAGGAUGGUAUUGAGGAAUCAGAAGAACUUAUUAAUGUUGAUGGCACUAAAAUUAAGUUGUCUUCCAAAGUCAUCAAACAUGCAGAAGAAAUCAAGAGACGAUCACUUGUCCUCAAAGUCCCUAAAGAUCAAGUUCGCAAUGCAAAGAGACGCAGAGCAGGAACUGUCGUUCACUGCGAUUACCUGAAGCGAAAAGAACGGUCGGUGAAUCGGCGUAGGAUUGAUCCUGUCAUUACCCUGUCAACUAUUUUUGAGGAGAUGCUUAAUGAGAUGAGAGAAAUGUCAGAUGCACAGCCAUUUCUGUUUCCAGUUAAUAUCAAACAAGUUCCAGAUUAUUACAACAUUGUCAAUCAUCCUAUGGAUCUCUCCACUAUCCGUGACAAUCUCCGGCAGAAGAAAUAUCAGAGCCGAGAAGAGUUUUUGGGAGACAUUUCACUUAUCGUGGAGAAUUCCAAACUUUACAAUGGAUCAAAGAGCACAUUGACAGUCACAGCACAGAAGAUGUUGGAGCUCUGUAUUGAUCGUUUUGCAGAGAAAGAGGAAAAGCUUAUGAGAUUGGAAAAGGCUAUUAACCCUCUCUUAGAUGACGAUGAUCAAGUUGCCUUUGAUUACAUUCUUGACAACAUCGUAAACCAAAAGUUAUUCUCCAUGCAGGAGUCAUGGCCUUUCAUGAAACCUGUCAAUAAGAAGAAUGUCAAGGACUACUAUGAGGUUAUUCAGCAUCCAAUGGACCUGUCCACCAUCGCUAAAAAAGUAAAGAAUCACAAAUACCAUAGUCGUGCUGAGUUCUUGCACGACAUGGAACUCAUCCUGACAAAUAGCGUUCGGUAUAACGGACAGGACUCGGCCUUCACCCAAAAGGCUGAAAUUCUGAUACAAGUGUGCAGAGAAAGCCUCGCAGAAUACGAGUCACACCUGGAUGCUCUAGAAAAGAAGAUUACUCUGGCUCAAGAACGUGCUUUGGAACAGGCAGAGACCGACUCUCUCGGAACUUCACUGGGUCCCGACGAUGAUACCAACUACACUUACGCAGAACCCGAGCAGGACCUCCCAGACCACAAUCUUGGAUCUCCCGACAACAUUCUGACUUACUCUGGAGAUGAGGACGAGGAGCACGUCAACGUAGUGGACGGCGAUGGCGAAGAGCAGGAACUGAUGGGAUCUUCCAAACGAAGGAGAAUGGAAGAAGCACACAGAACUGUGCUUGAAGAGGAUCUGCAAUUCAGUGAAGAUGAAGAGGAUCACUUUGGAGGAAGAGGAGUCGAAAUUCCAGGGGAGGGCAUGGAAGCUGAUGGUCUGGAGCUGGAGGAUGGCCAUUACAUGCAGCAGCAACAAGGGCCAGACGAAACACAAGGAGCUGCUGAGGCUAUGGUUCAAUUAGCAGCACAGUAUUCCUAUUACCAAGGGGAAGAAGGCAUGGAAGGAGAGGAGAAUCCAGGGGCACUGGCAGAUGGUGGCAGUAUGGAAGUGGAUGCCAGUUAUGAUCCUUCUGUGGAGUUCUUGGGAGGCAUGAUGCCCUCUGAGCCACACGACGAUGCCACCAUCAACAACGAUCUUGCGGUGUCCGACUCUGACGAGGAGGGUGGUCAGGGAGGCCAGCAGCUUGUCCAGAAUCAUCCACAGCCAGAGGAAGAGGAUGACGGAGAUGCGCUCUGGUUUUAAGGAACACAGUAGCUUUAUUAUUAUUUCUCACCGAAAGUAUCAAGAACAUUGUAGAUUCUAUUAAAAUAGCUUAUGUUUUUGAUAGCUGAGUUUUAUAACUGCUGGUGCAUUAGUAGAUUUUCAUGUAUGGAGAUGGACCAUUGCAGUGGAGCUCAGUUUUAUAAUUAUUUCCAUUUUAUAUACAUGUUACAGUUGCUGAUUUAAUUUAGGGUGACAGUUUUAUGCAGACAUAUAAGAAACUUUAGUAAAAACUCACAAGUUGGACUGAUUCAGGGAGUGGUAUUGUACUCUCAGAAAGCCCCAGUUUUUGUAAGGAAACCUUUUGUGUGCAAUUUUGAUGAUAAUUAAUUUGGGUAUGCUAUUCAUUUGUUUUUAUAUGUGUGUACCAAAGCAUUUAGUACAUAGUUAUCAGACAGUAUCUGGUAACGAUACAUAUAUCACAUCCAUUGAAUAUUUUUGUGUAUGUACAUAUUUUAGAGAAGAAGAGAGAGAAAGAUAGUGCCAGUGAUACUUGUGCACUGUUACGUAAUAGUAAUUUAUUUCUUGUAAAGUUUGCUGUUACAAAAUAAUUACGCAAGUAUUUCAUUGCAACAAUUCAGAAUUCACAUACGUUUAAUGUAUAUUUAUUAUGCUUGAGAGAGUAACAGUGUAUGCUGGGUACAUGUAACACAGAAUAUACUAAAAAGUGCAAUAUUCAAAUGAAAACCUUGUCGUGGGAUGUACAAGUUUACUCAAAAUGAAGUCCAAGAGUUUUCAGGACCAGUUAUUUUUUAAUCUUGUUAUAAUAAACCUUAUGUUCUUGUUAUUUUUGUUUCUCAUUAUGACUGAAGAUGGUGGUUGAGCAUCCUUUUUGGGUGGGAAGUGCGUUGUGGCAGAGUGGUUCAGAAGAAUAGCAAUGGUCUUUGGGAAGAAGGCACAUGGCUGUGGCCCUGGUUGUCAAAGUCAGUUGCAAAUAAAAGUAUGUUUUAUUCUUUUUCUUUGACAGUUGCGGGUUCUUUAAGUUUUAUUCUCUUCCUGUGCUCAGUAUGUCACAACAACCUUGCUGUUGCUGAGUUGUUGUCUUUGGCAUAACUUGAAUGGCCUGGUCAUUGCACGUCAUAAAAUUUAUACCUUAAGAUUCUCUGCAAAACCUUCUCCUACCUUCUGGAUAUCUAUACCACCCAUACUCUCCGAGGUGAAGAAAAUGUAGUUGAACAUGAUGGGUACUUUUCUUUUCACCUUUUUUAGGCACUUCCACACUUUAGGCCUUUUUUUAAAUUGCAAUGCCAUUGCUUUAUAAAGUAUGUACAAUGCUCUUGGCAGUCCCAAAACAACAGCGUACAACAUGUGUUGGAGUUUAAGCUUCACUGCAUCCAACAAACGUGUCUGGUGUUCUUGAAUUUGGUAACUUUAUAAACCCAACUGGAUGUUAAAUUGAAAGUGAAGAAGUGUAACUCGUGAGCUUUUACUGAACGGUCUUAUGUGUGAGCAAAGAUUUUAAUCUUGUAAAUAUUUUUAUGGCGAGUUAUCUUCUGUGACAGUUUUCUUAUGAAUAAAAGAUCUGUAAUAUAGUACAGUCAUAUUAGCAACAAAACUUGACAACUGAGCCAACUUUCACUUUCAUUUAAUGCUGCUGUAAAUUAUAAAAAAGUUUUUUUUUUUUUUUUUUUUAUCAGAUUUUGGUAGUCUACAUUUGUUCAAAUCACAAAUCAUUGUCCUUAUAAACUAAAGCCUUAAUUUUGGUAUUAGGCAGGUAAAUUAAACCCCAGAAUCUCAGGUGAGACCAGAAUGGAAAUUAGGUGACAGGAAGCGCCCAGCUAGGGAAAGCUCUUCAGAUCAAAACCUUCCUUGUGAUGUCAUAUUUGUUUCAGGUGUAUUGGUUUUAUUUUCUGUUCCCACAUCUUUAUCACAUUUGCCCAUAACAUGUUUCUUUCUUUCCAGGCUGAUUUCCCUUUGGGGCCAUCUUGUGUUUAUGAAAUCUGUUGACUCUGUCCAUAAGGGUUUUCAGCUGAAGAUUUAAAGAAAUAAAGAAAUAGACAUAGACCCUUUGCUUAAUUUGCAAUUGCAGACUGCUGGAGAUGCAAACUAUAUUUGACAAGUUUCUUUGUGGGACAUAUCUCUUGUGCCUAGGUACCUAAGUACAUUGUCAAAGAAGUGGUUGUUGUCUGGUAGAAAGAGAACUCCCCCUUAGCCAAGGAAUCUUCACAGUCAUCUAAUUGCCACUUUGAACUUGAGAUUCAUCGGUAGGAUUGUCACACUCAUGCUGAAUAUUAAGGCUUUAGUGACAGAUCAUACAAAACUUUAUUUUUUUUAUGCAUAUUUUAGGUUAAGGGGGAAACCCUUUGAGUUUAUGUUUUGACAAAUUGCAUGCAUCAUGCUGAGAUUUCUGUGUACACUACCUACAAUUGUCAUAUUUUAUAAUGAAAAUAUAUUUACAUACUGUAA